AUGCUUUCCUCGCAAGCAUGUUCAGCAUUUCAUUCUCAUCAAAAAUUAUCUCCAUGUCGAUGGUCAGCAUCGGGUCGAUCAUUAACUGGCGAACGUGGUAGUGCUUCAUUUGAUGAACCAUAUCAAUGUCCAACACAAUUAUUAAUGAAUAAAAAAGCUCAUCCUAAACGACAUCUUGCUUGUGCAUUGAUUUCAUCUUUAUUAUUUUUUGUCACUGGUAUUGUUGCAAUAAUUUAUGCGAUUAAGUCUUUGCAUUGUGAACGUCAUGGACAUUAUGAACAAGCAUAUAUACAUGCACGACGUUCAUUUUCUUGGUCGAUGGCAACAUUUGUGAUUGCACUUUUUAUUUAUUUGACUAUUGGUCUUAUUCUUUUUAUGCGUACAAUAGAUUAUCAUUAA